AUUUAAAAAUUGGCUUGCAGUUUUAGUAAUGAAACAUUAAUUUAGUUCGUUCCAACACGCAUUAUAAGUGCGAGUUACAGUGAUGUUCCUCAAUUAAAGACGCUGUCAUUCAUAGAGAUUAUUUGUUACGGUUCUCAUGAAUGAUUGCAGAUGAUUCAGUGGUGAGCAAGUACAACAAAAAUAUUUUGAACUGAAAAUUUUCCUAAUCCGGAAUAUGCGUUAUAAGUGAUGAACGGAACGGAAUAAGCCUUGAUGAUUACAUGACAUGAAAAUUGCUUCAAUUUGAAGAUUUGUUAUAGAACACCUUAAAAUAUGGUGUCUUGGGCAGGAAACAUUCAGGAUGAUCCAGUUCGACGCACGGUUUUGGAAGGGCAUGCGGCACUGGAACGAACAGCGGACAGUUUGGCACGUUCCCAGGCAAUUGCAGCUGAAACUGAGACACUAGGAGGAGAAGUGAUCGCUGAGCUGGGGGAGCAGAGGGAGAGUUUGUUGAGAAGUAAGAGGAGGCUGGCAGAAACAGAUGAUGAACUGACACGGUCUAGAUCAUUAAUGCACAAAAUAGCAUGUCAUGCUAUAAAAAAUAAGGCAAUUCUUAUCAUACUGAUUGUGCUUGAAGUUGCCAUUCUUUCUAGUAUUGUAUAUAUGAAAUGGUUUAGGAAGUAGUUCCUGAUCAUUUGGUCUCUGCCACCAAGAAUGUGAAUGCAGUUUUGUAUAAGAUUUUGAUAUGAAUAAUAAUGAAUUUUUUUCCAUUUUCAUGCAGUUGUCAUGUAUUGUAUUUGUAUAAAUAAGUGAAACCCAUAAGUUUCACUACUUUUAUUUUUAAUAAGCUCAGUGAAGCAAUGGAACUGUGAGAUA